GAGGCCCAGUAGACUAAAUAAUUUUUCUUAUUUUAUUUUUCAGCAAAAAGGAAACCUUAUCGCUUUGGUGGCUUCCUUUGCAUUAUUGAGGAAACCCUAAUCAAAUCCAGAGCUGCGGUUUUUAACUGAGGCAGUGAAUUACAGUGUAAAAAUGCCGAAAGUAAGGAGAAGCCGGAUCAAGUACCCAGAGGGAUGGGAGUUAAUCGAGCCUACGCUUCGCGAACUGGAUGGGAAGAUGAGAGAAGCUGAACUUGAUCCACAUGACGGCAAGAGAAAGUGUGAGGCUCUGUGGCCCAUUUUCAAAAUUACACAUCAAAAGAGCCGAUAUAUUUACGAUCUUUAUUACAGAAGGAAUGAGAUAUCGAAGGAGCUUUAUGAGUUCUGUUUGGACCAGGGUUAUGGGGAUCGUAACCUAAUUGCGAAAUGGAAGAAGCCAGGAUAUGAACGAUUGUGCUGUCUCCGCUGCAUCCAGCCCAGGGAUCACAACUUUGGCACGACUUGUGUGUGCAGGGUUCCAAAGCAUCUUAGGGAAGAGAAGGUUGUUGAGUGUGUGCAUUGUGGUUGUGGAGGCUGUGCGAGUGGUGAUUGAUUGCUAAUUUGUCUUAGCCCUCUUUUUUGUGCUACAAUCUUUCUGCUUAUCUGAAGCCCAGGUAUGGCAUUUGUUGUAGUAACUUAUGUAGUCAAUGUCGGAAAGAUACUUGGACGGCCAAUUUAAGAAGGAUGAGAUUUGUUUGUAUUUAGUUAUGACCCUCAUGAGCAGGCAAUGUAUGUCAAAGGCCACCUUUUUACAGACAAACUGAUAUUGUUAGAAAUUGAUAAUGUGUGCAGCCAAAA